GGCGGCGAUCAUGGCACCAGGGCCAAAGUGCGGUUGAGGUGUCGGUGGAUGCAGUGCCGGUGAUAGUGCGCGGGGGACCUCCCGGGGACUGCUUGUUGCUACUGGGAUGAGCGACUGAGGAGCGCGACGGAGGCGGGACUAUGAUGGAAGCGACGCGGCUCAUGCUGGGCAGCGCGAUCCUCGGCCUGUUCUGGACAGCGCCGGGUCUGCCGAGAGGGGCCGCCCUGGCCAACGGGCUCCCGAGCUCCGGAUCCGGGCCCAGUGUCAACGGCAACGGCAGAUGCAACUCGCCGCCCUGUAGCUGCGACCAGUACGGCCGACUGACCUGCGACUGCAAGGACAAUCCAGAGGAGCUGAUAUUGACGGCGGAUGGCGAACGAGGUCUCGGUCGUCACACUAGUCGGAUCGUCGUCAAUAACUGUCCUUCGGUCCUACUAACCAAUUUCAGUCUCGUCCAGAUGGACGGCCUCAUCUCCGUUGACCUCAUUAACGUCGCCAACUUGACUCUCAUGCAUCACAGCUUUAAGUUGUCACAAAAAGCCUCUAAUACGCGAAUAACCGUGCGGAAUAGCAGCGUCGAUGUAUUACCGAGCAACGUCUUUCACGGUGACGUUGAAGCCAUCGUCCUCGAGAAUGUAAGGAUAGGCCAAGUCUUAGCAUUUGCCUUUGCCAAUCUUAUCAACACCAAUAGCAUAACCCUAGAAAACUGCCGUAUCGAGGUUAUCGAGGCCCUUGCCUUCAAAAAGUUCGACGUGAGAUUCUUCCACAUGAUUGGUGGAACGUUUGGCGAUCAAGUGCCCAGCCGAGUGAUGAAUGAUAUCGAAAUUUACGACAAGUUCAUGCUGGACGGUGUUAAGAUGGGCAACGUCAGAAGUUCCGCCUUCGUGAUUAAGAGACCAAAAACAGUGGCCAUACUUAACUGCGCUAUCGAUAAUCUCGAAAGCGAGGCUUUUGACAUAAGCGUACGCGGAACGGUCAUUAUAAAAAAUAAUACCCUGGGCAACGUCGCCUUCGGCUCAUUCUUCGCCAUACGCGCCGACACGGAAAAUAGAAUACCACCUUCCAAUACUAACUUAUACACUCUCAUGUUCAAAAACAAUAGUUUAAACAGUUUUGAGGAAGGAUCGCUGAUAUUCGACAGGACGAGCUUUCGCACGGAGAUUAAUAGCGUUCUCGUCAAUCAAGUUUGCGACUGCAAUCAGCUGUCGAUCUGGAAGAGUCAAAUACUUAACUACACGAAUGCUUAUUCGAGACUGAUAACGUCCCGUGACAACACCAACAUCCUAGCCCCGCCAUUUUCUUUAGAGACCAGCGUCGAGGAUCCCGAGACUUUUCUUUGCUUGGAAAAUCUGGACGCCGAGUCGACUUCGAGUUUUAUAGAAUUUGAGACUCGUAAUUGCGCGCUCAGCAGCUCAAUGCUUCUGCUGAUCUCAGCCAUAUCAGGCCUGCUACUUCUGCUGAUAAUUGCAGCGUCUCUCCUCGUCUACUAUUGUCGUAAACACCGAAGGGACGGGCGAAAGCGAUGGAUAAGCGUGCCCACGUUGGCACCUGACGUCGUCACCAAGACACAAAACGGUGUAAUCAAUAGAGAGACUACAGCCUCGGGUGGUGCCCCGGUGGACAGCAGGAUUACAAUGGUCGUGCCAGAUGGGAGGCUGUACAAGGAGACGGAGUUUCACGUUAUCGUGGAAAAGGCCGAGCCAUUGACGACGGAAUUGUAACGAGAGCCAUCGCGAGCUUCCAGCUCGAGAGACGCGCGACAUCGAACAUCGAGGCACGAGCGACAGCAGCAAAGGCAACAGCGUCAACAUCAACAGAUGCUCUUCCUACAUCAGCAACAGCAGCAGAUGCUGCUGAUCGAGGAGAGAGAUGUGUCGCGCGUCUACAAACUGUGACGAGUCUCGGAGGAAGCCGCGAAUUAGUGUGUUUCAAAAGUUUAAUUGGCACUUUUCCAACACUUUCGAUGAAACAAUGUGAAAUUAUAAUCAUAAUGUAAUACGAUAACGCGCUCUUCUUUUAGAAACUUUGGCUUUAAUACAAACCAGUUUGUUGUGGAUUAUUG